GAAAAGGAAAGUUCCAGACUUCAGGCGCAAAAGCACCAAAACAACAUACCGUCUGGUCGUCUACACGUGACUACUUCAUUUGCUAUUUAAGAGCCUUUAUCUGCGUUGGUAAGCCUACCCACCACAGUGAUUCAGAGAGAGAGAGAGAGAGAGAGGAGAUGACGAUGAGGGACAUAGAUGAUCUCCCCAAAAACGCUGCGAACUAUACGGCGUUGACGCCGCUGUGGUUCCUUGAGAGAGCGGCGACGAUGCACCCCGAUAGAAAAUCGGUGGUCCAUGGAUCUGUAAGCUAUACUUGGCGACAGACUUACCAGCGAUGUCGUCGACUGGCGUCCGCUCUAUCUAAACUCAACAUCGGCGUCGGUAGCACGGUAGCAGUUAUUGCACCAAACAUCCCUGCCAUGUAUGAAGCUCAUUUUGGAGUGCCUAUGUCUGGAGCUGUAUUAAACACUGUCAACAUUCGUCUUAAUGCUCCAACCAUUGCUUUUCUUCUAGGCCAUUCGUCGUCUGCCGUUGUCAUUGUGGACCAAGAAUUUUUCCCUUUGGCAGAGGAAGCCUUGAAAAUUAUGGCAGAGAAAAGUGGGAGCAAGUUUAAGCAUCCUCUAAUGAUUGUCGUGGCCGAUGAAAGCUGCGAUCCAAAGUCACUGAAGUAUGCUUUGGGGAAAGGUGCUAUUGAAUACGAAAAGUUCCUAGAAACUGGCGACCCUUCGUUUUCUUGGGAACCACCGCAAGAUGAGUGGCAGAGCAUUGCCUUGGGCUAUACUUCUGGUACAACUGCCAGCCCCAAGGGAGUGGUCCUGAGUCAUCGAGGGGCCUAUCUCAUGGCCUUGAGCGAUGCUCUAGUAUGGGGGAUGAAUGAAGGGGCUAUCUACCUGUGGACUCUACCCAUGUUUCAUUGCAAUGGGUGGUGUUACCCUUGGACACUUGCUGCUCUUUGUGGGACAAACAUAUGCCUUAGACAGGUAAGUGCCAAGGCAGUGUAUUCAGCUAUUGCCAAUGAUGGUGUAACUCACUUCUCUGCUGCACCUGUGGUGCUCAACACAAUCGUAAAUGCCCCAAAGGAGGAGACCAUCCUUCCCCUACCUCGCAUUGUGCACGUCACGACUGCUGGUGCUGCUCCACCACCUUCUGUUCUCUUUGCUAUGUCUGAAAGAGGCUUCCGCGUCACACACACUUAUGGUCUCUCAGAAACUUAUGGUCCGUCAACAGUGUGUGCGUGGAAGCCUGAAUGGAACUCCUUGCCUCAGAUAGACCAAGCUCGCCUGAAUGCACGCCAAGGUGUCCGCUUUAUUGGCUUAGAGGGGCUAGAUGUUGUCGACCCUAAAACCAUGAAACCUGUUCCUGCUGAUGGAAACACCUUGGGGGAGAUAGUGCUUCGGGGAAAUCUUGUGAUGAAAGGCUACUUGAAGAACCCAAAAGCCAAUGAGGAGUCCUUUGCCAAUGGUUGGUUUCAUUCUGGUGAUCUUGCUGUAAAGCAUCCGGACUCGUAUAUUGAGAUCAAGGACAGAUCAAAGGACAUUAUCAUAUCUGGAGGUGAGAACAUCAGUAGUUUGGAGGUGGAGAAUGUGCUCUACACACACCCAGCCAUAUUUGAGGUAUCGGUGGUGGCUAGGCCUGACGAGCGCUGGGGAGAAUCACCUUGUGCUUUUGUAACAUUGAAGCCAGACGUUGAUAAGUCUGAUGAAGGGCGUUUGGCAGACGAUAUCAUGAAGUUUUGCCGGUCGAAGAUGCCUGCUUACUGGGUCCCAAAAUCUGUUGUGUUUGGUCCAUUGCCAAAGACUGCUACCGGAAAGAUUCAGAAGCAUGUGCUACGAGCUAGGGCAAAAGAGAUGGGAACUGCCAAGAUGAGCAAGUUAUAGGUAGUCCACAUUGUUCAGUUGAAGGAAUUUGUAGUAGCAGUAGUUGUUGUUGUCCAAUAAAGGAAGUUCUUCACCAUGUAAAAUAAAAGAAAAGGUACUUCCAGUUCAAGGGACUUUGGAAAAUCCCCUGAUUUCUUACAUAUUCAUUAGGCUGCGCCAUACGUAGCGUUACCAUGAGUAUUUCGAUUGAACUAUUUACAUUCUCUGAGCAACCAUCUUCCAGAACCAGUAUGAUUUGUUACUUUGUUUCUCUA